AUGCGGCGGCGCGGGCCGGCCUGGAACGCGCGAAAACGGAACUGGGACUGGAUGCCGGUUCUGAAGUACCUGCCAACCGCGACUACCGCCGAUUACGAAACCAACCUUAAUCAAUUGGCGUCCGCAGGUUUCAAUCCUAUUUUCGCGGUCGGCUAUAAACUGCAUGACGCGCUGGAAAACACGGCGAAACUGUUCCCGCAAACGAAAUUCGUUUUGAUUGACGCGCCCGCCCCGGAUGCGCCCAACUGCUCCUCGCUUUCGUUCAAGGAAGAACAGGGGGCGUUUCUCGCCGGGUAUCUCGCAGCGUCGGUCAGCAAAACCAAAGUUCUGGGAUUUGUCGGCGGCUUAGAUAUUCCUCUUAUUGAAAAGUUUCUGACGGGCUAUACGGCGGGCGCGAAAACCGCUGCCGCGAACGCAAAGGUUCUAGCGACUUAUACGGGCAACUGGGAAGAUGUGAACGCGGGCAAAAGUCAGGCGGAUCAGCAGUUUGCAAGCGGAGCCGAUGUGAUUUUUCAGGCGGCGGGGAAAAGCGGACUCGGCGUUAUCAAUGCGGCGAAGGAAAAAGGAUCGGGCUACUACGCGAUUGGCGUGGAUUCUAAUCAGGACGAUGUGGCUCCCGGUCGCGUGCUUACCAGCAUGGUCAAGCGGCUGGAUGUCGCGGUCUACGACACGAUCAAACAGACGCAGGCGGGACAAUUUCAGCCGGGGCCGCAUAUCUUCGACCUGAAGGCCGAUGGCGUCGGACUGACCGACUUCAAGUACACGAAAAACGACAUUGCGCCGGAUGUGAUAAAGAAGUUGGAUUUGCUGGCGCAGAUGGUUAAGGCGGGGAAAGUCACGCCGCCCUCCACGCCUGAAGAACUCGCGGCCUUCAAGCCGCCCGUCCUGCCCUGA